CUGAUAUCCAGCCCGAGAUACCAUCGCCCAUCAUGUCCUAUUCAGCCCGUAUCAAGAAUUUCGACUUCGACACAUUCCUGGACUUCAACCUAUUCGAGCAUCUUGAUGAUGAAGAAGAAGACCUUUUUUAUAAAAACAGACUGGCCGCUGUUGCCAACGGUGACAUGACACUAGAGCAGGCAGCAACAGACAUCGAUGCAUACAUAACUCAAGAAGCCGACCGGGUUCAUGAAGUCCCCCGAGCAUAUCAUUUUAACCUCGAAAGGCUUCCCGAAGAGAUUCGCGGAAAGCUCCCAUUGCCCGAAGACGAUGACGAGGAAGAGAAUAUGUAUACGACUUUGGAGUUCUGGCCGAUGGGAGGCGGUUGGUUGUCUCUGGAGAUGGCUGCUCGCAUUGAAGGUGAUGCGUACAUUUACCAUCCGGCCUCAGCUGAGCAGCUACGUCUACCACCCACGGAGACAGACCUCCGAAUGUGGAACUUCCAGUCCGCCAUUGCCCGCAUCACAGCCUUAGAUCUCAUCGACUGCGGCUGGAUCUCCUCGUUGGAGACGAUUCUGCCGACGCAUUCCUGGCACCCCGAAGGCCGGAAUGACAUUGACUCCGAUGAUCAAGAAUGGCUCAACAGCAAGGACCAAGGGUGGAAGGAACAGUUUGCGUACGUGGCGAAGGAGGAGAGCGUCAGUAUACAUGCUCAGGAGCUGGCCGGGGAGGUGCUGGAGAAGAUGAUUGGGUAUGAGGGUGAGGAUGCAUGCGGCCUGUAA